GUCCAGUAGUGCUGUAACGCUGCUGCUGCUGUAGUGGCGAAGAGCACACAGACGGGCUGGCUUGCACACUUUCAGUCCUUCAAACAUGGACCAAGACAACAAUUCAGAGGAUGAGUCAGUUCACCCAUCAGAGGAUCCUUCAGAAGAGGAACUGCCGUGUCUACCUCCAGGGCUCUCGGAUCGUGAAGCAACGGAGCUGCUUUGGCAGUUGCGAUCCCAGCGCCGCCAGUCGUCUCCUGACCUCCCAGAGACAGUGACCCGUCUUACUGCCCCUGAUGGCAGCCUCCUAUACCUGGUGGGCACUGCCCACUUCAGUGACAGCAGCAAAAAGGAUGUGGCCACGACGAUCCGUGCUGUGCAGCCAGAUGUGGUUGUGGUGGAGCUGUGCCAAUACAGGGUGUCUAUGUUGAAGAUGGAUGAGAGUACACUGCUGAGGGAAGCCAAAGACAUCAACCUGGACAAGGUUCAGCAGGCCAUCAAACAGAAUGGGUUGAUGUCUGGCCUGAUGCAGAUCCUCCUGCUCAAAGUUUCAGCUCACAUCACAGAGCAACUGGGCAUGGCUCCUGGAGGAGAGUUUAGGGAGGCCUUUAAAGAGGCUGGACGGGUGCCUUUCUGUAAAUUUCACCUUGGGGACAGGCCCAUCCCUGUGACGUUCAAGAGAGCCAUUGCUGCUCUGAGUCUGUGGCAAAAGGCCCGUCUCGCCUGGGGUCUUUGCUUUUUGUCAGACCCAAUCAGUAAAGAGGAUGUAGAGAAGUGCAAACAGAAGGACCUGCUGGAGCAGACUAUGUCAGAGAUGAUCGGCGAGUUUCCUGCUCUCCACCAGACCAUCGUGGCCGAGAGAGACAUCUACCUCACACACACGCUCCGCCAGGCUACCCGCUGUGUGGAGGCCCCCUCCGAUGCCCAGAUGCCUGCUGUAGUGGUGGGAGUUGUGGGAAUGGGUCAUGUCCCUGGCAUAGAAAGAAACUGGGAGAAACAACUCAACAUUAAUGAAAUCAUGAGUGUUGCACCUCCAUCACGCUUCGGCUGGGUGGUACGCGCGGUCAUUAAAGGCGUCAUGAUGGGAAUGCUGGGAUACGCAUGUUACCGUGCUGGAGGGACUUUAGGACGAGCUCUGCUGUCUUUACGUUCUGUCCAAUCAUUACUGGAGAAUCUGCGGCCACCCCCUGCUUGACCCCACUGGUCUCCUCAAAGCCAUCAGUGACACGACCUUUGAUUUACGAAAACAAUGCAUCAUUCACCAAUGGCCUUAAAACAGGAGGUGAGGCUGGAGGAGAGGGUUCAUCAGCCCCAAACUAUGAACUUACAAGGACGUCAGGGGGUCAAGAGCCUCCCGCCUAGUACUGAUGUCCCUGUAGACGCAGCAGGGCCGUACUGCCAAAGAAACCGUGACAGUACUCUUUAUUCGCUUUCAUAUUUUGUGCAGAUCCUGCAUUUUGUAAGGUUUACAAAGGCCAAUAAUUCCUUCUGAAUAGAUUUCCAAUCUCCAUGUCAUUCCUUUUGAUGACUUACAAAGUUUUUAUUUGACAGUAUCAUCUUCAGUCACCUACCCCGGUUCGACUGAGCCAUUUUCUGAGAGACACUUUUGUAAAGCUGUCUCCUCCUUGUUCCUUCCUCCAUUCUGGUGCCAAUUAGCAUGUUUUGGUAAUUGGCUCAUUUCAAGUCCAGCACUUUAUAAGAGACUGGUCAAGUCUUGUACUGUACAUGCAGCCUAUGGGAGGGAAACAAAAGUAAAAUAUCAAGUUAGUCAUAACUAAUAUAAACAAAUUAUAUAUGAUUACAUAUUAUAGUUGGUGCAUGUAUUAACACCAUGAGGGUGUGAGGUAAAUGUCAAACAAAUGUUUAAAUUGGAAGGUUGAUCAUCAUUUUCUUAAUUAUUGAAAAAGUCACAUACAGGAUUAGGAUAACACAAAACUGACAUAUGUUCCAUGUGCAGGGUCCUGCCUACAUCAACAGACAAGUGCCUCAUAAUGCAGCUGUAAGGGCUAACAGUGUACUAAAGGGAAUGGCAAAAAUGUGGGUUAUAUGCAUCUUACACAAACGACAACAGUCAAUGCAACUUUCUGAGAUUCUGUCCUUUUUUCAAUUUAAGUUCCUGUAGGCAUAUUUUGGAAAUACUGUUGCCCUAAAUACAGACAUUCAGCUUGUGUUGUCUUGGUUUUGACCAAACUGGCCCUUAUAUUAACACAAACACCUCUGUGUUGAACAGAGACAGAACAGGCUUAAAUGUGGCUCAGGACAAGAAAUGCAUUGACCUUGUCAUUAGGGCUGGGCAAUAUAUUGAUAUUCUAUUGAUAUUGUGAUAAUAGACUAGAUAUAAUCUUAGACUUUGGAUAAUGAUAUUGUGAUGUAGCAUAAGUGUUGUCUUUUCCUGCUUUAAAAGGCUGCAUUACAGUAAAAAUGAUGAUGCAACUUUCUGAAAUGACCAGAUUGUUCUAGCUACUCUAUUAUUUGCCUUUACCCACUUAGUCAGUAUACCCACAUUACUGAUGAUUAUAUUAAACAUGUCAUUACAUAAAUGUUUAGUGAAAGUCAUCCCUACAAUUCUGUCACAAUAUGGAUAUUUGGUCAAAAUAUCAUAUUUGAUUUUGUCCAUAUCGCCCAGCCCUACUUGUGAUUUGUGUAUUUGAUUGUACCUCCAAUAUGAGGCACCUUCAUGUUUUGAGUUUCAACACAACUGGCUCAAUCUGAGUAAAGGUUCAUACUUGACAUAGAAAAUUAUGCAUCUUGUACAGAAAGCCAUCUCAGAAAACCUUCAUGAGAGCUUCUGACAUUCAGUGCACCAGCUGUUUGUACUAUUAUGAUAUAUGCAUUAUCACUUCCUAGUCUGACUGUAAAAUGGAGACAGGAAGAUGAUAGAAAAUGAAAUGGGUUUGUUUCUCUCAAAUUGGAUUGAACUUGACUGGUACGAAGGAAAAUGACGGUUGAGAUAAAGCCUUACACUGCUAUCACUGCUGCCUUUGACCCUCAGAUUGCCUCUUCUGCUGAGGCUCAUUACCACCAACACUGAUGUGUAUCCAUAAUACAGAGCCUCUUGUUGCACUUGUAAAAUGUGGCUAUAGAUGAUAUACCUGGAUCUUUGUUUUGUGGGAGAUGUCCCAUUAUAUUUUACAGUCUGAACAAGGCUUGCAUGGUUGCAAGGCUAUAAACCCACAUCAAUUUCCAGAUAUUCCUGAUCUUGGAUUUAAGUAAUUGUAUAUACAGUGCUCACAUUAUUUUUGACAUUUACAAGAUGUAUAAAAGGAGUUCAAUUACUCUUGAAUUUGUUAAAUGGUCCAAUUAAUUAAUAUUGGACCCUGAGUAAUUGAAGCUGUGUGAUUUAAUCUUACAGAUAUAAUUAGGCCACUCACAAGGUGUUCACACAUUAAAGUAACUCAGAUAAUCCGUCUUCCAAUCGAUACAUUUAUCCUCUACUUUAUGAUGGUCCCUCAUCAGUAAUCCAGUCAAACAUAUGUCUGUCUCCCUCUCCUGUAAUUCCUUAAGGUUACAUCUACUGUGUGUUUGCCAAGAGAAAAGUGUAUGAAUGCCUAUAAUUUGUUGUCAGUUUUGUUUCCCCACAUCCUUAUGUGGUAUUGUCAUUGUUAAGAAACCAAACAUUGAAUCCUAAAUUCUGUAAUGAAUUAUAAAACAUUUUAAGUAAAGAUGAAUUAUAUUUGCCUCAAAA